UCGCCACUUAUAGUCCCACAGCGCAGACGGAGUUGUCCAAGACGAGAGUAAACGCAAGCAUGAACACACCAGAUGGGUCAGACUCACCGGGUCAGAUGGCCAUAGAAGUGUCACAAAACAACAUGGAAGUCUUCAAGAAACCUAUUCAGCCAGCUCCUCGGAAGAAGAAAAAAGUGCUAGAUGAAGAGAGUUAUGUCAAGGAAGUGGAGAAAAUAAUAGAGAGAGAUUUUUUCCCUGACCUGGAAAAUUUGAAGGACAGGCUAGAAUACUUGGAUGCCAGAGAGCAGAAUGACAUGGUCAAAUUAAGGGAACUUUACUCCAAAUACUCCGCUGGGAAGGAAACGCCUGUCCUCCGCAAUGUCGAGGAGAGUCCAGCAACAUUUGAGACUCCCUCUGAGAGCCGAGGAGAUGCAACACCCAGGAUGGCAAGUGCUUUUGGAGAAGGGUUGGAAACACCAGAGACGAAUAAAAAAGAUAAACAAAGUGACAAGAGCUCUGUGAGUGGCAAAGAGAUGUCGCUGGAUGAAUUCCUUCAAAACCACACAAGUGAAGAUAAUGAAAGCUUUGAGCAGAUAAUGGAGAAGAGUGAGCAGCGCUUCAGGGCCAAGUACUAUUGGAUGUUUGAUGCAGAAGAAAAACACAACAAGGAACACUUACCAAAUCUUGCCCUACCAACGACUGAGCAGCAAGCUCAAGCCUCAACCUUGGCCAUCACAGGAACCUCAGUGCAAAAUGAUACCCGGCCCAAGCAGGUGGAAAAUUGGAAAUUUGAAACGUUCAACUCUGUCAUGUUUGUGCCUGAUGCGGCACCUCUAUCAAAGGCAAGAUCAGUAGAACUUGCGAAACAGAAGAAGCGGGAAAUAAGCCUUUCAAACACCAGGUUUGAGGGCAACCCCUUUACUGAGACCUUGAGCCAAGCUGCAAUGAUUGAGGCGUCAGCUAUCCAAGCCAGCAAAAAGGAGGGCAAAGUGGGAGUGGAUGGCAAGGAGCUGGGGAAGGACACCCCAAAGGUGAACGGCUAUAGCUUC